CGGCGCUCUGUUGCGAGCUCGUGAACUCAGCUGCGGCUCCCUUUUGACACAGCGGGCCUGGGUCAUGGCUCCGUAAGUAGCGUGCUUCGCUUUACGUGUUGUACGUCAUCGUGUUCGGUGUUUUUCUGUUUCCGAGUCAAUGGGAGAGUGAGGCAGACAAGUUGUGCACCUCGGGAGAUCGGUGAGUGAGAGCUACAAUAUCUGAAAACAAGGCUAAGAGUAGAGCGCGCGGUCUUCAGGGUUUAUUUUUCCGCAAGCAACCUCGUCAAGAUGGCGGCUCCUUCUAUGGCUUUCCCGCUUCUGUUCUUCCACUUCAACCGGAACAAGGUUUGGCACCGCGACAAGCGGCUGACCCGCGAGGAAUUACAACAGUUCCCCGAGAUCUGGACGACUUGGGAGAGGCGUUGCUACCGCCAAUUCCUCGACGAGGCCAAAGACUGGAACGCCAGCAAAAAAGAUCAGCAGCCCAAAGUGCACAUCCACUACAACAAAAACAAAGGCUCCUCCAGUUCUUCCUCCACUUCCAACAUCGGGCGAGAUAGCGAAAGCACCGAGCUGGGCGAGAUGGAGCUGAAGCAGCAGCAGCUGCAGAAGAUUUUUCCGCAAGAACACAUCUACCACACUUUGCAAGAAGACGUGAAGAAGUGCCGAAAACGGAUGCACUCCAAUAUCCUGAGUAAAAACGUACCCACACCAGAGUCAAGUUGGGGAAUCAGCUAGACAAAUCCACAAGUUUUGGCUGUUUUGCAUGACAAAUUUGGAUUCGUAGUGUAGUGCUGCUUGAGCUAGCUAGACAGCAUCACAGAUCUAGCAUACCAUGCUGAUUGGAGCAUGACAAAUUGCAAAACACGACUAGAAAAUGCUUCUCAUGGGGCUCCGCAUGAGAAACAUUUUCAGCAUGCAGAUUUGCAUUACAACUCUGGUGUGGGUACGUUUUUACUCAGGAUAUCCAACGCGACACUGGAGUCCGCGCACGAGUGUCACUACCGGAUCAAGGAGCUGAUAUUACAAUGAAAAAUGCCCCCACCCCCGAACUUGAAAGCAUUUGUAUUGCAAAUCUUUCCAAAUGAAACAUUCGCCCUCUUGCUUGUAUCAGCAUCACAGAUUUCCGAUCGUGAAUAGCAAAAAUUUGCAUUGCAAAAGAUCCCAGCAAGAGCGGUGCUUGUCAUGCAAGCGAUGCGAAACACGACUAGAAUCUGCAUCAGAAAGAUUCUUACUCCUUUCAUGCAUUACAAAAAGCUUUCAUUUGGAAACUUCGCAUCACAAAUUGUUGCAAUUUCAGGGGUGGGGGGCAUUUUUCACUCUGAUAGCUGACGGACGUAUGUCUGUACGCCGGGGUGCACUUCGCAGACAGCGCCGCACCGGUGUUCGACGAUACUGAGUUCCACAGGAUAGCGGCGACGGCCUUCCAAAGGUUGGAGGAAGGGAGGGGAAGGCAUGAGAUCAUGGGGGUAAGGGGGAAGUAGUAAGUACUUACUACAAUUCGCUGAUGAAGAGAGUGAAGACCUCGCUUAUUUCUUCUAUCCUGGAUGCGAGUUGCAUUCGUAUUCGUUCUCCUUUGCACGCACAUGCAUGUUCGGCGUCUGAUGCGCAUACAAUUAUAGCCACUGCGCUUUGUAAGUAGACUGAGCAGCG